UAUUGUUUUUGCUUUUUUUUUCCCGUCCCCGCGACUCCGGUCACUGCCAUGUCUUCCGGCGUGACAGUCUCUAAUGAAGCCAAGACAGUGUAUGAGGAGGUGAAGAAGGAUAAGAAGUACCGCUACAUCAUCUACCACAUCAAGGAUGAGCGGGUCAUCGACGUGGAGACCACGGCAGAGCGUUCGGCCACCUAUGCGGACUUUUUGGAGCAACUGCAAAACUACAAGAACGAGUGCCGCUACUGUGUCUUCGACUUCCCUGCCUCCAUCCGCGCUGAGGGUGCUUCUGAAUGCGCCAUGUCCGUCGACCGCCUUGUCCUCAUGACCUGGUGUCCCGAGCAGGCAAAGAUCAAGCAGAAAAUGCUGUACUCCAGCAGCUACGACGCGCUCAAGAAGGCCCUCGUGGGCGUCUACAAGUACGUCCAGGCGUGCGACUUUGAAGAAGUCAGUCAGGAGGCAAUAGAGGCCGCCUUCCACUCAUCGCGCAAGUAGGGACAUACGCAACACUCGUCACGGGCUGAGGCACCACCCUCCUUUUUGGUUUUUUUUUUUUUGUUUUUCUUCGCCUCCACAGAUUUUUUUUUUCCAAGUUUACACGAAACAAGGGGGGUCGUAAAGAAAGAAGUUUCCACUUCUGGUCGACAUGGAAAGUAAGGAAGCAAGCAGCUGGAGCGACGGCAAGCGUGUGCAUGCACUCCCUCUGCUAGAGUGUCAAGACCGGCCGCGCCUUUCGUUUGCGGUUGUUUCUGCCGGUGGGUGCUUUCCUCCGACGGCUUCUUACAAUCGAACCCCUGGUACCCUGCUGUGCCGAACCCUGUCGAACUUCGUUUUUUUUUUUUCCUCCACUGUUCGAUUACUAUUCUGGAUGUUCACGUUUAACCAUUUCUUUUCAGUCUCCUUCAACGUUGAACAGAAUCUGCCACGCCCCUUCUCCGCAAAAGAAGUGUAAAACCGGUUGAUAGUGGACUGCAUUACUGGCACUUUUGAGACUUCGAACAAGUUUCAUUGUUGUGUUGUUUUGCUCUUUUUUUUCUGUGUUAACCAGUAAAGCAAAGUUUCACUUGGCGAUCUUAAUAUGUUCAAGCACUUUGCAUAGCACAGAGGCAUUUUGAAUGGCUGGUGUGAGCGGUGCUCAUUUGUUAGUGUAUAAUUGAGCUCUACAGCGCAAUUUUUUUCCCCACUCUUAGCUUGGGGGCAACGGGGUUAAAAAAAGAGGGUUUCAGGGUUCCUUUUUAUCGGAGUUGUGGUCUUUUUUUUUUUUUUUUUUCCUGGACGCUUGCUGCAGUUCAUUCAGCCAAUUAUUUUUCACAUGUGCUAGUGUGUUUACCCACUUAUAACUAUUUAUUGAGUCACGAGGUUGUUUCUAUUGUUCUCCAUUUUUUUUCUGCCGGCAUUUUCAAUUAAGUUUGAAUGACAGUAAAUUUAUUAUUUUGAGUGAUGCGCGCAGUCCUUGUUCCACUUUUUUUUUCCUUAUCCAAUUGCUCUAGGCUUUUUUUUUAUCUCGUAUAACUGUGUACAUGGACAAGUGCGAGGUGUGUUUUGUACACCGGCAACAAGCGAACGUGCUCUGGAUAAAUAAUUGCGGAAGCAAGCCCCCCCUUUUUUUUUCAUGUGGUCCGCACGGAGAUGCCAUCGCAUCUUCCUGUUACGGGUGGGCUGAAUUGGAUGGAAAAAAAUUUUUUUCUUGUGCCCUGGGGAAUGAAUCAAUCUGGUGAACACUGAUGCAAAUAAAAAGUAUGAAAAUUUUUAUAAAGC